AUUGCGUGUCGUGGAGACAACUCCCAGCAUCUCCUUCUCAAAUGGGCCCCGUCGCCUAGCGUCUCCCCCCCAGAGCCAGGCUCCUGAGGACCAACAAGUCGGAAUACAGGGUUUUCAUCUUAAGUUCAAACAAGGUUUUCAACAUGGCUGCCAUUCCAUCCAGUGGUUCACUCGUCGCGACUCAUGACUAUUACCGCAGACGCCUGGGAUCCACUUCCAGUAACAGCUCAUGUGGGAGUGUGGACUACUCUGGAGAAGUCAUCCCUCACCACCCAGGUCUCCCCAAAUCUGAUCCUGGUCACUGGUGGGCCAGCUUCUUCUUUGGAAAAUCCACCCAUCCUUCCAUGACGACGGUCUCGGAGUCCCCAGAGAGCUCAGGAACCUUCAGUAUCUCCAAUGGACUGAUUCCGUGCCGCCUGGCUCAGGAGUCUCUGCAGAAGCAAAAAGUCGGCGACCCCAAGUCUGACUCCAGCCCCUCUGCCUGAAGCACCAAUCAUUCCCUUCCUGACCCGGACGACGCUAGGUGGCGGAGCCCGCCCCUGCCCCCUCCCCCAUAGGCUGCCCAACAUGUAGUUGUAGUGUUUAAUUUUUUGUUUUUCUUUUUAAUAUAAAAUAAAAUAACACAAAAAAAAAACAUUUUUACCACAUUCGUAACAAUGGAACAUUCUUGAUUAGCUCACUCUCUCGCCUUACGAGACCUUUUGUUUUUAUUUUGUACUUGUUUAAUAAACGUGGGCAGCCUGAAA